CGAUGUUCUCGCUGUUGUAUAGUAAUUUUGGAACAAAAUAGGAUGCGUUUUUAAAUAAAACUUUUGCGUCUGCUUAAGUCGGCGCCUGGAUCAAUGGAUGUUGGUGGUUGGCUUUAAUGGGAAUUAUUCAGGCUGUUAAUUUAAGUGCAGGCAUUCUUGUAUGACAUUUGGUUAUGUAGGCAAGAUAUCAAUAUGCUGCGAAACAAGAGAAAACUGUUACUGAGUGCCCUAAAAAGGGUGUACUUACACAGUCAGUGCACAUAUUGUCAAAAAGCAAGAACUCAUUGUGUAAAGAAAUUCAGAAGUCACUUAUAUCUCCAGAGGAAUUACAUUUCCCCACCAGGUGAGGUGAAAUCUUUACGCUCUGUUAUCACUCCACCUGUGUCUAAAAUCCGUAAUAUUGGUAUCAUGGCUCACAUAGAUGCAGGAAAAACAACUACCACUGAAAGGAUGCUAUACUAUUCAGGAUACAUAAGAAGCCUUGGAGAUGUUGAUGAUGGAGACACCGUAACAGAUUUCAUGGCACAGGAACGAGAGCGUGGCAUCACCAUUCAGUCGGCUGCCGUGACUUUUGAUUGGGCGGGCCAUAGAAUAAACCUAAUAGAUACACCAGGUCAUGUGGACUUUACAUUGGAAGUGGAACGGUCUCUGAGAGUACUGGAUGGAGCAGUGGCUGUAUUUGAUGCCUCAGCUGGUGUGGAGGCACAGUCCCUGACAGUGUGGAGACAAGCAGACAAGCACCACAUACCACGGAUUUGUUUUUUGAACAAGAUGGACAAAACUGGAGCCAGUUUCAGUUAUGCUGUUGAGAGCAUUGAACAGAAGCUGAAGACCAAGCCUUUGGUUUUACAGUUGCCAAUUGGAGAGGCCAAGUCCUUUAGUGGAAUAGUUGAUGUUGUGACCAAGGAACAAGUUAUUUGGAAGUCUGCAGCUGGAUUGGAUGAUGGAAAGAACUUUGAGCGGAAACCCUUGAAAGAAGCAGAUAGUCCUGACCUGUUAAAGGAUACCAUUGAUGCGAGAACAGCCUUAAUAGAACAAAUCGCAGAUCUGGAUGAUGAAUUUGCUGAACUGGUCCUUGGGGAAUUCAGUGAGAAUUUUGAUUCAUUGCCAGCCGAUAAGUUACGUUCUGCUGUACGAAGAGUAACCCUGGCUCACAAAGCAGUUCCUGUGUUUUGUGGGAGUGCGUUGAAAAAUAAAGGGGUUCAACCAUUGUUGGAUGCCAUCACCAUGUACUUGCCUGCUCCAAAUGAGCGCAAUUAUGAAUUUUUGCAAUGGUAUAGGGAUGACUUGUGCGCUUUAGCAUUUAAAGUUAUCCAUGACAAACAGCGUGGGCCAUUGGUAUUUGUGCGCAUUUACUCAGGCACAAUGAAGCCUCAGUCGGCUGUCUACAAUAUUAACAAAGACUGCACAGAGAGAAUGAGCCGCCUGAUGCUACCUUUUGCCGAUCAGCAAAUAGAGAUCUCUUCACUAACAGCUGGCAACAUUGCCCUGACUGUCGGGUUGAAACAGAGUGCCACUGGAGACACCAUUGUUUUAUCAAAGGCUUCUGCGAUGGCUGCAGCCCAGAAAGCUGAGAAAGAUGUGAGGUCAGACUGUGGUCAAACCUGUGGAGUAGAGAACCUUCUCUUGGCAGGCGUUGAGGUCCCAGAGCCAGUCUUCUUUUGUACAAUCGAGCCUCCAUCCAUGGCCAGACAACCAGAUCUGGACAAUGCCUUGGCUUGCCUGCAACGUGAGGAUCCCAGUUUGAAAGUCAAGAUAGAUGCUGAUACUGGACAAACGAUCCUUUGUGGCAUGGGAGAGCUGCACAUUGAGGUCAUUCAUGACCGAAUCAAACGUGAAUACGGACUUGAGACCUACCUUGGACCUCUUCAGGUAGCUUACAGAGAAACCAUUCAAAACACAGUCCAAGCUACUGAUAUGCUGGACAGAAUUAUAGGAGAAAAACGACACCAAGUGACUGUUGAAUUACACCUGAGACCCUGGGAUGGAGAAUGGUCAGCAACAGCACCAAUCAUUGAGUAUGCCGAAAACACCUGCAAUUUGCUUCAGCCAGAACUUCGUGAAGCUGUAGAGAAUGGAAUUCAUGCCUCGUAUCUUCAAGGACCACUUCUGGGAUUUCCAGUUCAAGACGUAGUUGUGAUGGUGCAUGCAGUGGAUGCAAAUGCUGAUACCUCCCCCACAAUGGUUUCUGCUUGUGUUUCUCGGUGCAUGCAAAAGGCUCUGAAAAAAGCUGAUAAGCAAGUGCUGGAGCCUCUCAUGAACCUGGAAAUAACAGUGGAUGAGAGUCAUCUUGGCGCAGUGCUUGGGGACCUGGCACAAAGAAGAGGCAGCAUUCAAGAAAUCCAGAGUCGUCAAGAUAGCAAAGUCAUGAUUGCUUCAGUUCCACUAGCAGAAAUGAUGGGAUAUUCAACAGUUUUGCGCACUUUAACAUCUGGCUCUGGGACAUUCACUCUGGAACUGGCAAGCUAUCAAGCAAUGAGCCCACAUGAGCAAACUGCUCUGGUGAACAAGAGGACUGGACUGAUAUAAUGUGAAAGCUGAAUAAACUUGAGGUCUGAUGAUCUGCCACAGUCAAAAGUAUGUGGCCGUAACUGUACCGGCAUGUAUUCAGUGGUCUUAAAGUGUGAAGACAAAACAAACAUGAAUUGGCAUUUUUACAAGAGGUAUCGGAAAAUGCAAACAUGUGUUUGUACAUUACUUAGGGCCAGUUUAAAGCAUGAGGCUACAAGACAAAGAGCUGCUCCAUACAACUUUGCAGGGUUUAAACUGUGUUGCUAAGUGUGGUUGGGCUGUGCACCAGAUAACCCUUGCAGAUUUGUACUACCGUCCCUGCUAAAUAAACAUGUGUAAGUUGCCCUGCAUGAGUUGCAGCAGAGUUUAAAUGAGAUCAUGAGUCUUACAAAGUCACAUGGUAAAGUUCUUUGGUUUUGCCAGCCUCAUACUUCAAUCAGACCUUACAAAGUUUUAUGUGGUAGGGUUGAAGAGAAGUGCUAUUAUCUCUUUAACUGCUAAAUAAUUUACCCUGAUUAUUUCAUGUCAUCCUUCUACCAUCUGAAUGUAAGCCAGUACUUAUCUUACCUUUUCUACAGGAAACCAUAUCCACUGAUUGGUCUAGUGGUUAAGAGUGCGGACUGUAAUCUGGGAGA